ACACAAAAGCAAAGGGUGGACAAAAAAGAAAGCACCACAGCUGCCCUUUCCCUCUCACAUUCAUUCUUGUUAUUAUUGCCAUUUCUUACCCAAAGAAAAAAAAAACGGUGUGCUGGACGAAGAAGAAGACGGCACCAGCACCAAACCUUCAGCUCCUGCACUCAAAACCCCUCAAAAUCCCUUGCCUUUUCCUCAAUUCCAAGGGGGAUGGCAGUAGAGGAAGAUGUUGAGUUGUCAACGUUGAAGUCUCAGCUGAGCCAAACACAGGAAAUAUGGAAGCAGGAGAUGGAAGAGCGCCAAUCCCAAGUGGAUGUAUUACAAAAAAAGCUUAUGGAGGUAAAGGUUUGUAUAGAGGGGUCUGAGGAAGAUUCGAAAAAGGAACUAGAGGUUCUUUGGCGGAGAGUUAAAACUACCGCAACGCUGUUAACAUACUUGAAAUCAAAAGCAAGACUAAUGGCUGUUCCUCAUUUAGCGCAUACAUCGUGUGGCAUCAAACAAUUAGAAGGGGUGGGGUUUGUUGAUAAAGAUGGUACACCGUUAUCUGGUUGGUCUAGGAAUGUGGAUCUUUCUUCCUUUGAUAGUCCAGAUGAAGACACAUGGAUUGGGAUUAGUAAGCAACAUGGUCCUCUGGAUGAACAAGAUGCAACUUAUAUUGGUGAACUACUUAAGUCUGUGCAGAUGGUUACAGACGUAAUGGAAGCUCUUGUCAAGAGAGUUGUACUGGCAGAAUCCGAAACUGCAAUUGAGAAGGAGAAGGUAACUGUUGGUGCGGAGGAACUUAAGAAAAAGUCAAUCCAAAUUGAGAAUAUGUCUUUGAAGUUAGAAGAGAUGGAACGGUUUGCUCUAGGCACAAAUGGUAUUCUAACGGAAAUGAAGCAGAGAGUUGAGGAUUUGGUUGAAGAAACAUAUAGACAGCGGCAACGAGCUGCAGAAAAUGAACAGGAGCUUUGUCGUGUGAAGCGGGACUUUGAGUCUCUAAAAUCAUAUGUUAGCAGUCUCAUCACUGUACGAGAAACACUGCUUUCAUCAGAGAAGCAGUUCCAAACUAUUGAAAAGCUGUUUGAGCGGCUAGUUGCAAAAACAACACAGUUAGAGGGUGAGAAAAUCCAGAAAGAGACAGAAGUUCAGAAACUUAUGGAAGAAAAUGUGAAGCUGAGUGCUCUUCUUGACAAGAAAGAGGCCCAACUUCUGGCCAUGAAUGAACAAUGCAAGGUGAUGGCUUUGAGUGCUUCGAACAUCUAAUCUGGUACGCUCGCCUGCCCGUUGGUUGGUGUCCGGUGGCUUGCUUUGCAACACUGUUUGGAUCAAUCCCACCCAUACGUCAACAAACCAGAAAGAAAACUAGGAAUGAGCGACCCUGGAUAGCAAUCUCUGUCUGAGACCCUUUCUUUCGAUUGUAACAUUGUGAAGAGCCCCCUUGAACUCAUUAUCUAGUUGUGCAUUUAUGCUGUUGUUUAACCAAACGCAGAAAAUCGUACAUUAAUUGGAAUCCAAAUCUCAUUUGUUAAUCAUCUGAAUAUGUUCCCACCAAUGCUGCAUUUGUCGGAUGAUAUUUUAACUAGAAAUAUUUUAUAUCAA